ACGUGAGUAACAGUUAACAGUGCUACCUUCACCAUUUCUCUGGUGAUGUCUAUUUAUCGUGCCUUUAUCAUUUCCGUGCAAUGAACUCGAAUUUGUUGCCUUAUUUUUUAUAAAUUAUAAUAGUGGUUUAUUAUAAUUUAUAAUAGUGAGAUUAUAGAACUAUUUAAAAAUGGCAUGGACACGCUAUCAAUGUAUUUUAGCAGCACUUAUGGUUGUUACUGGAUCUUUUAAUACUUUAUCUGUAAAAUAUGCAGAUCAACAAGUUGUACCAGAUGAAAAUGGUCAACCUAGGCAUUUCAAUCAUCCUUUUAUGCAAUCAUCUUUCAUGUUUAUUGGAGAGAUGAUGUGUCUUUUAGUAUUUAAAGUCCUUUAUCAUUAUUAUAGUCGCAGAGGAGAUAAUUCUGUGGACAACAAUCCGUUAACUAAAGGCUCACAUGUAUUUAAUCCUUUUAUUCUACUGAUUCCUGCCUUAUGUGAUACAUGUGCUACUUCUAUUAUGUAUGUCGGCUUGAAUAUGACAUAUGCUAGUAGUUUUCAAAUGCUUCGUGGUGCUGUUGUAAUAUUCACUGCUGUGCUCUCAAUGGGUUUUCUUAAUAAAAAACUAGUUAGUAGGGAAUGGUUAGGUAUAGUAAUGGUUAUAAUUGGUUUAGCUCUUGUUGGGCUCAGUGACAUAAUUAUGGAAAAAUCAGAUGUCAGCACAAAUUCUAUUUUAACUGGAGAUUUACUUAUCAUAUGUGCGCAGGUUAUAAUUGCUGUUCAAAUGGUGAUAGAAGAAAAGUUCAUAGCAGGACAAAAUAUACCAGCGUUGCAAGCAGUUGGCUGGGAAGGUAUAUUUGGAUUUAUUACUAUAUGCAUUAUAAUGAUUCCCCUUAACUUUAUACAUGUCCCACCUCCUUUUGCUGACAAUUCGCAAGGAACCCUUGAGGCUACUAAAGAUGCAUUCAUCCAGAUUGGAAAUAGUGGUUAUUUACUGAUGGCUAUAGUUGGUAUAUCAUUCAGCAUAGCUUUUUUUAACUUUGCUGGUAUUAGUAUUACCAAAGAAAUUGGUGCUACAACAAGGAUGAUAUUAGAUAGUGUUCGAACAAUUAUCAUAUGGGCUUUCUCUUUAGCAUUUAGGUGGCAAGCCUUCCAUUAUUUACAGCUCAUUGGCUUCAUUGUUUUACUCAUUGGAAUGUGUUGUUAUAACAACGUUAUUAUUCCUCAACUCGUAAGAAAAUGUAGAUAUCGCUUAGGCCGUCAUAAACCACCACCAACUGAUCGUGAGCGAAUUAUUAAUACAGCAGCAGAUGAUAUUCCAGAAACGCAAUAAAGAUAUAUUUCUUUUUAAGUGUACUUGAAUGUUCACUAUUUUGUGAUGUUGAGAACUAUUAUAUAGUUUCUCUAAUGGUAAAGUCUGCGAUCACAAUAAUAUGUAAAAUGCUUUCAAUUUGUUUCAUUUGCAGAAUUCAUUAAAUUUAUCAAAAUUAGUACCUUUGCGAAGUUAAUUGAUUAGAACAAUUCUUGUAAAAUGUAUAUUAUAGUUAGAAAAUCUCGAAUUUUUUAUUUAUCUUUUAAGUUGAAUGUGAAAAAUAAGUAUUGUUCCAAAUUUUAUACAAAUUUUUUGAAAAAUUGCAUUAAUUAAAACAAAAUUCUCAUUGUACAGCAGAAUCUUUUAGCAGAAUCUCAAAGUUCUAUUUAUAGGUGGUAUUUUGAAUGAAAUGAGGGUAUUUUAUACAUAUACGUAAAUAUAUUUUACUACUGUAAAAAAAAUGUGUUAAAAGAUGUAUUAUUGCAAGGAAAUAUUAAGUUACUUCUUCAUGGUA